UAACGUUUUUUUUCUCAUCCAAGUUGCAGGUGAUCGCUGUCAAACAAUAGCUCGUGCGUGUGCUCCGGAUUCUUUGGUAUUCGUUUUGUUGUUUCCAGUCGGGACAUUUUUAGCGUCGUACUAUUUGUGUUGUGGACUUGUAGGGCUCUGUAGUGUACGCAGAAUGAGCGAAACUACAGAAAACCCUCAAAGUUACGAGGAGAUGUUCGCUAACAGGUUUUCUUCCGAGGACCAAGAAUACCAGCAGUACGUGACCAGGCCAGCUGAUCCGCCGCCUAUCGUGGAGGACUGGAGAGGUCGUGGGGGAGGAAACCAUCAAGGAAGAGAUAGAAGGUACCAGGACCGUCAAGGAGGUCGUGGCUGGGGAGAAGGCCAAGGUUGGAGGGGUGAUCACCCUGGAAGAGGACGGCAUCAAAGGCAGCACCAAGACCGAUAUAGGGAGCAUGAUCGUGGGUCUCAGUCAAACUCCCAUCAGGGAAGCGACUCACAUUACAAUAAGUCUUAUGGCAGAUAUUGAUCUCAAUCAUCAGGAUUUCAUUAUUUGUAUAUGUAGCAAUGCUGUACCUGUUACUUUCUUUUUUUGACAUCUGACCAGUCUCACAGUGUCAGGAAUGUUUGUUUUCAUCAUGAGUUUAUGGCAUAGAUUUGACUCAUUUAAAAAGAAGUAGGAACAUUUAAACAAGUACAGCAAUAGGAAGGGGGAAUACUUGGCCUGUUAAUGUGUGCGAGUUAGACAUUUUACUGAAAACUAAGUGUACUGUUUCAAUGAAAUGAAGUAUGUGGCUUCAUGUGUGCUGUCUGUCAAGCUUGUUGAAGCUACUCACUACGGAUCGUGAUGAAUAAAGUGGUGACUUGAUUCUUGAGUUAAAA